GUUUUAUCAUCUUCUUAAUUAUUUAUGCGGGUACUGAGUAUUUUGGACUAUGAUGUGCUUAACUUUGGAAAUGCCAACACUUUCUGUUGUUGGAAUACUGAUAAAAGUUGGAAUUAAGAUUGUCAUUUACAGGUCAAAGAAUUCACAAAUCUUAACAUGAGGAAGGCGAAGGAAGUUAUUAUCCGUCAAGUCUGGGCAUAUAAUUUGGAGUAUGAAUUCAAUCUCAUACGUCAAGCAAUCUAUCAACAUCCCGUGGUUUCAAUGGACACUGAAUUUCCGGGUGUAAUUCAUUCAUCAAAAAUCGAUCGUCAUUAUCUUCAAUCCUCUGACAACUACCAUUACUUGAAGGCUAAUGUUGAUGCUUUGAAACUCAUACAAGUUGGUCUCACCCUUACCGACUUUGAGGGAAAUCUUCCUGAUUUUGGAAGCAUUUAUAGCUAUAUCUGGGAAUUUAAUUUUUGUGAUUUUGACAUAAAUCACGAUCCUUGUAAUCAAGAUUCCAUUGAUAUGCUCCGCCGUCAAGGGAUUGACUUCAAUCGGAAUUUUCGCUAUGGUGUGAAUUCAAUGCAUUUUGCUGAUCUAAUGUUAUCGUCAGGACUUGUUUUCAAUAAAUCAAUUGUUUGGAUCACAUUUAGUAGUGCUUACGAUUUUGGAUAUUUGGUGAAGAUCUUGACUCGAAAGAAUUUACCAAAUUAUUUAGAGGAAUUUUUAAAUAUCGUAGAAGUGUUGUUUGGAAAAAAAGUAUUUGAUAUGAAGCACAUGAUAAAAUUUUGCGACUCUUUGCAUGGUGGUUUGGAGCGAGUAGCUGCUAUUCUAAAAGUAGGUCGAGUAGUUGGAAAGUCUCAUCAAGCUGGAUCUGAUAGCUUGUUGACAUGUCAGACAUUUAGGAAAAUGAUAGAAACUCAUUUUAUUGAUAACGAAAUUAUAAAGUUUGAAAAUCUCGCUGGAGUGUUAUUUGGAUUAGAAAGGGUUGUUUAGGGAAACCAAAUACAGCAAUUGUAAAAUUUGAAAUAUAUGAAAAUUUCGUUCUUUGAUUA